CCAAUUUUUAUUAUUAUCAAAUAACCUUUCCUUAAUAAAACUUUCUCUUAAGCUCUUUAGCAACUGAGGUUUCCUUACAACAAAAGCAAAAUGGAGGCGUACAGCGCAUUGUAACCUCGAGAAUUACCGGUUCCCCGUUGUUUUGUCCACAACUAAACUUGAUAAUUUUUUUUAGCUUGCUCUCUACUAUUUGUUUAUAAAGUGGACCCCUCCGUUGAAGUUUUUAUAACUAAGUUUACUCUAUGUUCUACAGACUUGAGAUCAUUUUGUUAGUAUUUUAAAAAAAAUAUAUAAAAUGGAGAAGCCGAGUACUCCGUUAAUUUCGCCUGCCUCGCAUACUCAGUCGGAGAGUCUUUCAAUCCCUGUACUUUCAACUUCUUUGACAAAUAUUUCUGAAUUUCCAUCGUCUGUUCAAGAAAAUAUAUUAAUAGAGGAAUUGCUUUAUUGUUUACUGGGGAUCUACGAUGGGCUAAAAAUAAAUUUUACCCGAAAAAAAACUUCUGAGGGGCUUAUACGUCUCCGAAUGGAGGACCAAGUCGAGCCCGUUUUACGCCAACUUGCCGAAAAAAUAGCGCUUAGUGGCUUGUAUUUCAGUCAAAUAAGUUCUUUCGUGGAAAAGAGACAAGUUCGGGAAGCUGGUCUCAUUAAUCAUUGCCUUUCUUCUUCUUUAAGAACAAUUUUAAAGGAAUACUACUUAUUUGUAGCUCAAUUAGAAAAUCAACACAAACAGGGAAGGCUCACCUUACAACUUCUUUGGUUUUACGUUGAUAAUAAUAUAAAAACUUUGGAAUUGAUUUCAAAUCUUUUGUCACUAAUCGGAAAACAAAAAGGCUUCAUUUUUAAAAUCCUCAGUUAA